AUGUCUGGUGCAGAUGUUGGCAUUGCUUUUCUCUCUGCCUUCCUUCAGGUGGCUUUUGACCGGUUGGCUUCUGCAGAAACCCUUCGCUACUUCCCAAAGAGCGGAUUGAAUAAGACUCUGGUGAAGAAGUUGGAGAACAUGCUGAUAUCCAUCAGUAGUGUCAUUGAUGAUGCUGAGUAUAAGCAGUUCGGUGAUCGAAAUGUGAGGGCCUGGCUUUUUGAGCUCAAAGAUGCUGUGUACGAUGCUGAGGAUGUCUUGGAUGAGAUUAACUAUGAAGUCCACAAACGCAAGUUGGAAGCCGAAGCGGAAACUCAAACUAGUGUUACUAGCAAGGUACGAAAAUUCUUCUCUGCUUCUGAUACUAUGUUUGACCAGGAAAUCGAAUCGAGGAUGAAACAAAUCCUUGAAAACCUUGCAUUUCUCGAGAGCAGAAAGAUUGGUCUGCAUUUGAAACAAUUUAACAAAGGUGGAGCUGAUGGAUUUGAGAGAAAGUGGCAGACUGAGACAACUUCUUUAGUGGAUGAAGCUGGAAUAUAUGGCAGGAAUGAGGACAAAGAAAUUAUAUUUCAAAGGUUGAAAAACGACAGCCACUUUUCUGUCAUUUCUAUAGUGGGUAUGGGUGGGUUGGGGAAGACCACCCUUGCUCAGCUUGUUUAUAAUGAUGAAAGGGUUAAGAGUGAAUUUGACUAUAGACUUUGGGUAUGUGUUUCAGAUGACUUUGAUGUUUUGAGGUUGUCAAAAAGAAUUUUCAAGAAAGCCACGGAAUCUAAUAAUGACAUAGAAGAUUUAGAUGCAGUUCAAAAUAAGUUGAAGGAUUUCUUCUCUAAAAAAAAGUUCCUCAUUAUUCUUGAUGAUGCUUGGUGUGAUGAUUGCAUAUCAUGGGAAAAAUUUUUAGCACCUUUCAUAUGUGGGGUUGCGGGAAGCAGAAUUCUUGUCACUUCACGCGAUGAGAAUGUCGUGUUAGCAGCUGGCUCUAAUGAAGAACAUCACCUAAAGCUAUUGUCACAUGAAGAUGGUUGGCUAUUAUUUAAAAAAUAUGCAAUUCGCAACUGUUGUCCACCAACGAAUUUUGAUCAUGAAGAAAUUGGAAGAAAGAUUGUUAAAAAGUGUAAAGGUUUGCCUUUGGCCUUGAAAACAAUUGGGAGUCUCUUGUACAGAAAAUCAUCUUGGGAGGAAUGGAACAACAUUUUGGGAAGUGAGAUAUGGGAGAUUUCUUAUAAUAAUGUUCUUCCCGCUGUGAUAUUGAGCUAUCAUUAUCUCCCUUCUCAUCUAAAGCGAUGCUUUGCUUAUUGUUCAUUAUUCCCGAAGGAUUAUGAAUUUCGCAAGGAGGAGCUGAUUCUAUUGUGGAUGGCUCAUAAUUUCUUGCAAGCCUCUCAACCAAAUAAGUCAAUUGAAGAAGUAGGCAAUGAAUACUUCCAAGAGCUUGUGUCAAGAUCUUUUUUUCAGGAGUCGUCUUCUAUAAAUGGAACAUGUUUUGUCAUGCAUGACAUUCUCAAUGAUCUGGCAAUUCAUGUAUCUGGAGAUCUUUGUUUCAAGCAAGAGGCUAAGGGGGUGGUGGAUUUUUCAGAAAAAACCCGUCACUUAUCUGUUUUGUAUCACGGAAAUGGAGAAUACAAAUGGUUUGAGAAUUUGCAAGAAAUGAAAAAAUUACGAACAUUCUUGCCUCUCAGAGAUGGGUGGGGUUUCCUGUGGACCUCGAGCAACCUAAUAUUUGAUGAAUUAUGCAAGUGCAAAUGCUUGCGAGUUUUAUCUCUGGCUUCCAAUGACACAAUUGAGGAGAUACCUGAUUCUAUAGGAAAUCUCAUACAUCUACGGUGUCUUGAUCUAUCUAACUGUAAAAUUAAGAGGCUUCCCGAGUCAAUAUGUCUUCUGUAUAACCUACAAACGUUGAAAUUGGUCAACUGCAGACUUUUGGUUGAGUUGCCUGCUGAUUUUCAUAAAUUAAAAAAUUUGCGUCAUCUAGAUUUACGAUUCACUAGCCUGAAAAUGAUCCCACCAAAAAUGGGAGGGAUGAAAAAUCUCCAAGUUCGUCUGACAUCAUUUAAAGUGGGCAAAUGUAAUGAGCUCAACAUCAAACAAUUAGGCGAACUCAAUCUUCAAGGAGAGCUUUCAAUUUAUGAGUUGCAGAAUGUAGUUCAUGGAACGGAUGCCUUACAAGCCAACUUGAAAGAAAAAAGGUACCUUGAGGAGUUACGCUUCAAAUGGAAUGAAGACACCAGUGAUGAUUCUCAGAAUGAGAGGGAUGUGCUAGAGAAGCUCCGACCCCACCAAAAUUUGAAGAAACUAUCAGUCGAGAACUAUGGUGGCACAAGGUUUCCAGAUUGGUUUGCUGAUAACACAUGGUCCAACGUAGUGGAGCUCCAGUUAAACAGUUGCAAGUAUUGUUUCGUGUUGCCAUCGUUAGGCCUUUUGCCGUCUCUCAAGUCACUAUUCAUUGAAAAGUUGGACGGCAUUGUGGCUAUUGGUGCUGAAUUUCUCGGAAGUGAUUCUUCUACUGUUCCAUUUAGAUCUCUUGAAACCUUGGAGCUCGAGGGAAUGGUGAAUUGGGAGGAAUGGGAUUGUGCGACUGCUUCAAGGGCCUUCCCAUGCCUUAAACAGCUUUGUAUAAGAAAGUGUCCAAGGCUUAAAGAGAAUUUGCCCGAACAACUUCUUUCUUUAACUAAUCUUUUUAUUCAAGAUUGCCCACAACUUGUAGCUUUGGUUCCACGAGCCCCAACAAUUCAAUGGUUGACUCUUGAAAACUGUGGAAACAUGCAUUGGGAGUUCCCAUUGAAUCAACGUCAUGACUCACUUCGUAAGAUACGUAUAGUUAACAGUUGUGGGUCGCUUGGGACCUUUGCAUUGGAUCAAUUCCCUGAACUUCAGCAUUUGUAUUUGCGUGAGUGUAAUAAUCUUGAAAGGAUUUCUAUUUCAGAUUGGUUUGCUGAUAACACAUGGUCCAACGUAGUGGAGCUCCGAUUAGAAGGUUGCAAGUAUUGUUUUGUGUUGCCAUCGUUAGGCCUUUUGCCUUCUCUCAAGUCACUACUAAUUGGAGAGUUGGAUGGCAUUGUGGCUAUUGGUGCUGAAUUUCUCGGAAGUGAUUCUUCUACUGUCCCAUUUAGAUCUCUUGAAACCUUGAAGCUCGAGGGAAUGGUGAAUUGGGAGAAAUGGGAUUGUGCCACUGCUUCAAGGGCCUUCCCAUGCCUUAAAGUGCUUCGUAUAACAGAUUGUCCAAAGCUGAAAGAGAAUUUGCCCGAACAACUUCUUUCUUUAGAUAAUCUUGUAAUUGAAGAUUGCCCACAACUUGUAGCUUUGGUUCCACGAGCCCCAACAAUUCAAUGGUUGACUCUUGAAAACUGUGGAAACAUGCAUUGGGAGUUCCCAUUGAAUCAACGUCAUGACUCACUUCGUGAGAUAAGUAUAGUUAAAAGUUGUGGGUCGCUUGGGAUCUUCGCAUUGGAUCAAUUCCCUGCACUUCAGUAUUCGCAUUUGUGUGAGUGUAAUAAUCUUGAAAGGAUUUCUAUUUCAGAGGGGCAAAACCAUGGGAAUCUUACAAGUUUAAGCAUUAAAAAGUGUCCAAAAUUCGUAUCCUUUCCGAAAAAGGGGUGUUCUGCCCCUAGGCUGGAAUAUUGCUGCUUUGAAGAUUUGGAGAAUUUGAAAUCACUACCUGAGCAUAUCAACAUUUUUGCUCCGUCUCUUAGUGAACUAAGUAUAACAGAUUGUCCACAAAUGGAAUCGUUGCCAGAGGGGGGUCUGCUAUCAAAACUGACGCAUCUUCAUAUCAACAGAUGCCCGAAACUGUUUGCAUGUCGAAUGCAAUGGGGUUUGCACGAUUAUGAUUUUCUACGUGAAUUGAGCAUCAUAGGUGACGAUGUGGUGGAGUCUCUACCUAAACCAGGACUACUCCCAACUUCUCUUACUUUUCUUCGCAUCAGCAACUGUUCCAAUCUCAGAAUGUUGGACUACAAGGCUCUUUGUCAAUCGCCCUCCCUCAAAUAUUUGAAUAUUAUGAAUUGUCCGAGACUCCAAUGCAUGCCUAAGGAGGGCCUCCCCAGUUCCCUUUCUUCCCUUCAAAUUUUUGGAGCUUGUCCAACGCUUAAACAAAGAUGCCAGAAACCAGACGGGGAAGAUUGGGAAAAGAUUGCUCACAUCCCUUUUCUUUAUAUUGAUUAG